UGCACAUACAGACUGGUCUUGUUCACUACCCUCACAUUCUCUGGCAAAGCUAGUUUGUUCCAGUUUCAUAAUGAGGAGAUGGGGACUUUUGAAGCUAUGCCAAUACACCAGAGACGAUACUGGAACACACACACACAUACACAAACCGCUCUGGUAUCCAUUUUCUUUUAUUCCCUGACAUUUGAAAGUAAAAGCCACUUCUACUAUAGCAGCAACUUUAUGAAGAUGCAAACCACUAAAAUCUUAUUUAGCAAAUUCCAAAAACAAUUCAACAGUGUACGCCACAUGGUUUUGUUUUUUUCCAUGCUAUGUGUGUUAAAGCUUAUAGAUUUGGUCAUCUCGUGUAUAAGUAUAAGGAGACCACCGGUGCUUAGUUCAUACCGAUACUUCAAUGUCCAAUACCAAAGAACAGAGCGUUGUUGAGUGUAUUACCGCGGGUUCCAUAAAGCAAGGAUCAGAAAGUCACAAUGCAGUAGUAAACAUUCAGAUAUCCUGUCAGUAUUGAAGCUCUCAACAGACAACAAGGCGUGGUUUGCUGCAGGUAGCAGGGCUUUCAAUAAAGAAUCAAUAGUGCUGCAUCGUCAUUCUCUACUGUAGCAUCAUCUCUCCACUUACACUUUUGUUAUUACACUUAAAUGAACUCACAGGGGGCUCGUGGAUCGGCACUGGCCAGCAAGGGUCCUGAUAACAUUCGGGCAUCAAAAUAUGUAUUAUUCCCUCUUAAUCUCUAACCGCUUACAUUCUGGGUUUUAAACCAAUUAGUUUCUCGGUUAACCUUCUGUCGUCAGUUUGCAGCCAUUGCUGUCUCUAGCACCCUCUGCGACCUUUGCCCUAUUCUUCUCUAGGUUUCUUUGUGUUUUAGUGCUCGAGGUACCUACCUACACUUAUUCUAGCUCUGUCCUCUUCUAUUCAUACUCCCCUCCCUUUUCCAUUCACUUUCUCCCUCUCUCUCUCUACCCUCCCCCUUCUCUCCCUCCCUCCCUCUGUCUCUUCUUUUGAAAGAGCUGGGUUCAGCAGUCUGCCUGAAACGAGCUACGCAUGCCCACACACAUUGGCUGCUGCGGUCCCCGUCUACGCUAAUCACAGGGUCUCUGUGUGUGUUUGCAUCUGACGUGUGUGUGUGUGUUCCUGGCUGCAGCACAGCAGUGAGGAUAUGCAGCUUCCUGUGCGCUGCUAGGCAGCCAAAGCUCAUUCUGCCGCAUGCCGCUUACCGCCACCAUUACGCAGAGGAAUUCCCUGCUGUCUCCACUACUGCUGCUCACGGAGAGGGCAAGUGUUGGAUAGAGAGAGGAGGAGAGAGGAGACAUGCUGCAAAGAAACACCUACAGAUAGAGGACAGAGCUGGAUCUCAUUUGGAUUUUACAUGAAGAUAUGCAGCGUUUGUUUACGAGGAAAUUACUCCGUUUAUGGGAUUUAUUGCUGACCUUUGUCCCCCUGAAUUGGGCAUGUAUGUAAGAGGGAACACUGUGUAUGUAGGUGUGUAUGCGUGAGAGAGAGUGUAAGUGAGUGUGUGUGAGUGUGUGAGUGUUCCUGAUGCGGUCAGAACGGGCAAGUCGUGUGUGUAUCGUGGUGCUGGAGGAGGUGGAGGAGGAUGAGCCCUCCUCUUCACCCCCACCUCCCCGGCCCAAAUCAUCUCCAGACCGCAGAUCCCAUCAUGCUUCUCGAAGGGCUGCUGCUCAGGAGGAGAAGCCGUCUCUGUUAAGAGCCAUCUUCAAUGUCGACCCAGAUGAAGUUCGCUCCCUCAUAUUCAAGAAAGAGGAUGUCAACAUUCAGGACAAUGAGAAGAGGACGCCUUUGCAUGCUGCAGCCUACCUGGGAGACGCUGAGAUCAUUGAACUGCUUAUCCUCUCAGGAGCCAGAGUUAAUGCCAAAGAUAACAAGUGGUUGACUCCUCUUCACCGAGCUGUCGCCUCUUGUAGUGAGGAUGCAGUGGCAGUGUUGCUGAAGCACAGUGCAGAUGUUAACGCCCGGGACAAGAACUGGCAGACGCCGCUCCAUGUCGCAGCGAGCAACAAGGCGGUGCGCUGUGCCGAGGCUCUGGUCCCGCUGCUUAGCAACGUCAAUGUGUCUGACCGGGCGGGACGCACUGCCUUGCACCACGCUGCCUUCAGUGGACACGUAGAGAUGGUGAAGUUGCUGCUGUCCAGAGGAGCAAACAUUAAUGCAUUUGACAAGAAGGACAGGAGGGCCAUCCACUGGGCAGCCUACAUGGGUCACCUGGAGGUGGUGAAGUUAUUGGUGGCCAGUGGAGCAGAGGUUGACUGUAAGGACAAAAAAGCCUACACUCCGCUCCAUGCAGCCGCUUCCAGUGGCAUGAGCAGCACAGUGCACUACCUGCUCAGCCUAGGGGUCCACAUCAAUGAGGUGAACAGCUAUGGCAACACGCCGCUCCAUUUGGCCUGUUACAAUGGACAGGACGUGGUGGUCAGUGAGCUCAUCGAGGCGGGGGCCAAUGUCAACCAGGUGAAUGAGAGGGGGUUUUCUGCUCUCCACUUUGCCUCCUCCUCACGCCAGGGGGCGCUGUGCCAGGAGCUGCUGUUGGCCCACGGCGCUCACAUCAACAUGCGGAGUAAGGAUGGUAAAACCCCCCUUCACAUGGCAGCUACCCAUGGAAGGUUCUCCUGCUCUCAGGCCCUCAUUCAAAAUGGAGCCGAGAUCGAUUGUGAGGACAAGAGCAGAAACACUGCCAUUCACAUCUCUGCCCGCUAUGGCCAUGAGCUCAUCAUCACAGCUCUCAUCAAACACGGAGCCAACACCGCCAAGAGAGGCAUUCAUGGGAUGUUCCCUCUACAUCUGGCAGCUCUUAGCGGCUUCUCGGAUUGCUGCAGGAAGCUGCUAUCCUCAGGGUUUGACAUGGACACCCCUGAUGACUUUGGAAGGUCCUGUCUACAUGCUGCUGCAGCUGGAGGGAACCUGGAGUGUCUGAACCUGCUAUUAAACAUUGGAGCGGACUUUAACAGGAAAGACAACUUUGGAAGGACUCCACUACACUAUGCAUCAGCCAACUGUAACUACCACUGUGUGUUUGCCUUGGUGGGCUCUGGGGCAAGCAUCAAUGAGCUGGACCAGAGAGGCUGCAGCCCCCUGCACUACGCUGCUGCAGCUGACACAGAUGGAAAAUGUGUGGAGUACCUGUUGAGGAACGAUGCCUAUCCAGGAAUGAGAGACAAACAGGGUUACAGUGCUGUGCACUAUGCCUCAGCUUAUGGACGCACACUCUGCCUGGAACUGAUGGCAAGUGAGACACCUCUUGAUGUGUUAAUGGAGACAUCUGGAACAGACAUCAUGAGUGACUCAGAGAGCCAGGCCCCCGUCAGUCCGCUCCACCUGGCGGCUUACCAUGGACACUGUGGAGCUUUAGAGGUUCUCUUGUCGUCCCUGUUGGAAGUGGAUGUUUGCAGCCCAGAAGGCCGAACCCCCCUCAGCCUGGCCUGCUCCAAGGGUCACCAGGAGUGUGUCUCUAUGCUGCUGCACCAUGGCUCCUCCCCCAUGACCAGUGACUAUACACAGAAGAAGACAGCCAUACAUGCUGCAGCUAUGAAUGGCCACCCAGAGUGCCUGCGCCUGCUCAUGAGCACCAACGACCAACACAUUAAUGUGGAUGUACAAGACGCCAAUGGACAGACUCCUCUGAUGUUGGCAGUACUGAAUGGACACACAGAGUGUGUGUACUCUCUGCUCAGUCAAGGAGCCAGUGUCGACAAUCAGGACCGCUGGGGGAGGACGGCCCUCCACCGAGGGGCGGUGACAGGCCAGGAGGAGAGUGUGGAGGCUCUCCUACAGCGUGGGGCCAGUGUGUGUGUCAGAGACAUCCUGGGCCGCUCCCCUGUUCACCUGGCGUCCGCCUGUGGCCGUGUGGGUGUCCUGGGGGCCCUUCUGCAGGCCACCACCAGCACCACCUCACACACACACCUCACUGACAACCAGGGCUACACACCACUGCACUGGGCCUGCUACAACGGAUAUGAUGCCUGCGUGGAGGUGUUGUUAGACCAAGAGGUGUUCAAGAAGAUUAAGGGCAACUCUUUCAGUCCACUGCACUGUGCCGUUAUGAGCGACAAUGAGGGAGUGGCUGAGAUGUUAAUUGACUCUCUGGGCACAACUAUUGUCAACACCACUGACUCCAAGGGCAGGACCCCCCUUCAUGCCGCAGCUUUUUCCAACCACGUGGAGUGUGUUUCCCUUCUGCUGAGCCAGGGAGCUCAAGCAAACAUAGUUGACACACUCAUAAGCAGCACACCGCUGAUGAUGGCAGCUCUAAACGGACAGACCAAUACUGUGGAGAUGUUGGUGAGCAGUGCGAAAGCAGACUUUACACUACAGGAUACAAACAGGAACACCGCUUUACAUUUGGCUUGCAGCAAGGGUCAUGAGACGAGUGCCUUGUUGAUUCUGGAGAAGAUCAGCGAUAAGAACCUCAUCAACUGCACCAACACUGCUCUCCAGACGCCCUUGCAUGUAGCAGCUAAGAAGGGAUUGACAGUGGUGGUCCAGGAGCUGCUGAGGAAAGGAGCCAGUGUUUUAGCAGUGGACGAGAACGGUUACACUCCUGCUCUGGCCUGCGCUCCCAAUCGUGACGUGGCCGACUGUCUAGCACUCAUCCUCAACUCCAUGAUGCCCACCUCCCCUAUGGUCACCAUAGCAGCUUCGCCUGCGCACUCUCUCACUCAGACAGUCAUCAACCACCACCCCACCAACAACCACGUCUCCAAAGGCGUGGCCUUUGAUGCCCCUCCCUCUCUGAGGCCUGACCAUGCUUCAUACUGCAAACCGGAGCGGCCGCUGACCUCCGUCUCUGGCGAUAAUGAACUGAAUGACUCCGAUUCGGAAACAUACUGAGGACAUGUCUGCUAUUGGACAGAGUCCCACACUACUGACAAGCUAGCCAGCCACUCAGGAGCCUUAAUAGAUCACUGACAAGGAACUAAAAGAGGGAGAAAAUAGAGCCAGUGUGCAGAUUAUUUUUAGGUAAGCUUCUUGAAAUCUAAAAAUAACCUUUGUUCCAAAAAAGUGCAUACCCACGGGGUGAAAAAUAAUAAUAAGGUCAAUACACACUAUGUUUAUCUCAGACACCAUCACUGUAGGGUCAGUAACAUGGCCAGUGUCUUUUUAAUUUUCAAGCAAUGUUUUCCUUUUUAAAUUAAGUAUCUCCUCUUUGCUGAUACUUUUUGGAGUGGUUUUAAGCCUUUUCAGAGUUUUUCCUUCAAUUAACACUAGAAGAGCGUCUACUGGAGAGACGCUCAGAGGACCGAUUGUCUAAAGAAAGAAACAGAUGAUAAUCUUAUGGGACCAGGAGAUUGAUUACUGUUUUCCCUUCUGUACUUGAGUUUUUAUUCAUGGCAGACACUGAUGGCUGUCACUCAUGCACAUUGCUAAUGCUGCGUCAGUGUUCACCACUUGUCAAUUCCUUGGAGAAGUCAUUAUUUAAUCGUAUAAAUGUGUUCAAAGUGGAGACUGAAUCCAUGGGAACUGAUCAGGACAGCAGGUGACUGUCAGACGCAUUUACUUUAUGAUUGGUCCAGGAGUCAUUUGAUAGAUGACCCGAAUUAGCUGCUUAAGGAACUUUUAACUUGCAAUGCUGUAACUACUCAAUGACUGUGUACUGUACAAGAGACUGGGGAAAGUGGCUGACACUGUGUGUGUGUGUGUGUGUGUGUGUGUGUGUGUGUGUGUGUGUGUGUGUGUGUGUGUGUGUGUGUGUGUGUGUGUGUGUGUGUGUGUGUGUGUGUGUGUGUGUGUGUGUGUGUGUGUGUGUGUGUGUGUGUGUGUGUGUGUGUGUGUGUGUGUGUGUGUGUGUGUGUGUGCAGCGAGAGAAAAUGGAUAAAUAUUUACUUUUUUUUAAAAAGAAAAAGCAACUUUCAGGCAGAGGAUGAACGCUACUGGUGAAGUUUGUAAAGAUUAAGUAUUGAACAAAUAAAGGGAUUUGUUUUUGAUUUA